CACUCGACGCGAUUCGAAACGCCACCAUCAGUAGGGUUUGGGGUCCAGAGUCGAUUUAAGAACUUUCUUAUAUUCAGUUUUUUAUGCUGAAUCUGGAAAAAUUAUGUUCAGAAGCAAAAAAGAAGAACGUGUUUUUCUCGAAAACGACACCUUUCGACUAUUUCGUAUUUUUCGAUCGGAAGGAAGCAUUUGCUAAGGCUAAAAAGUAGUUUUUCGUGACCUCCAACUCUAUCAAAUGAUGUAAAAAAACUUGAAAAAAAAAUUUUUUACUGAAAAUUCGCAUUGUCUGCACCUUACGAAUUCUAUAAAAUUUGAUUCUUAUAAACACUCAUUAGGUGAUUAUUGAUAUUAAAGAAUGCCAACAUUACAUAUUUUCGCAUAAAUUAAAGAAAACUCUUCAUAUUCUUAUGAGGCUCUCGGUACUCGUAUCGACCUGUAAGAGUUGGUACUCCUUGGGACUCCAUAGGAUUCCAAAAGAUUCCUGAACUCCUGGAGUCUGCUAUUUCCCCCUUGGAUUUUUGACACACUAAUCAAGAAAAAAUAAUAUAUUCUGAAAAACGGUACGAUUCAGUACGAUUCGGUACUGACUCGAUUUGAUCUAGGCUAUUGUUAUAACUACUUAGUUACAACAAUAGCGUAGAUCGCUUAAGUAUUCUCAAGAACAAAUAUGACCUUGAAGUGUGUGCAUAUAUAGAAAUUUUUGAGAGUAAAUUUAACUUUCUGUAAGAAAGGAUCAUGCACUUUAUAUAUUAGACUCCGUAAAACAAAACGAUGGAUGAGAUCUACGUUGGUCCUUUUUCUCUUUCAGUUUCGGAUUCUUCACAGAAACACAAAAGAAAACUUGUGCCUUCCACUUUUUGGAAAAUCCCAAUUUCUGAAGAACUAAAAUCAGUUAGAAACUGAGAUUAGUGGAAAAUUCGUUUUUUGUUGAAUAAGAAAAACUAAGUUUUCUAUAUUUCAGAAACUUAAAUGAGUUCUCCAACCAGCUCACUCUCAAAACACAUUUCUUUUACUGUUAAAAGAUGGCAUUUUGAUGAAGCUUGGCAUUUUUUCUUUAGUAAUAUGCUCGAUUGCUUUCUUUAUUUCCAGUGUCUAAUGAAGAAGAAGAGUUGAAAUUAGAAGAACUAGAUAUGAAUACAUGUUCAAAUAUACUUACAGAAAUGAGUUAUCGGGCAAAACAAUUUCAAGGAAAACUAGAAUGGAUUUCUAAAGAAUGGAAAACUAUUAAACUUCGCGAGAUCAUGUGGAUGUUUGAUGGUAUCGACCGAGUUGAAGAAGAAAUGCAGUUAUUAACACCUUUUCUCGAUGACGAAGCACGUCGAUGUUUACCAUCUAUCAUGGCGUAUUGGAGAGAUCAAAAGUUCAUUCAAAAUGUAUGCAAAGGAUGUCAAAAGAUUGUACAAUUGUACAAUCUAGACACUAAUCCAAUACCAAUUGACAAAAUAUUAGCGAUCACUGAUGAAACAUUAUGUGAAACUUGUCAUGUCGCUUAUCAAGAAUUUUCAAAUGUCUGUUAUUCUAAGCAACCUAAACCUGUUCUAGCUAUUAGUUCACAUUUCUACUCUUCCAUUGGUUUAAUCGAGUUCCUGGCAACAUUGAACAGAACAGAUUUUGACGACUUGUUAGAGGCCAUUACUGAAUGGGACGAAUCGUCUGUAAGUCCUCAAACAAUAAUUGAGUUUCAAUCAAUAGGAAGCUUCCUUGGUCAACUGCUGACGUAUUUCUCAACCAAACAAACGUCAUCAUCAUUAUCAUCAACCUCAACGAAAAAGUCAAUCAAUGAGUUUUUUCAACAGGUCAAUAAGCUACUGAAAAAUUCAGAUUUCGCCAAUAUCGUUAAUUGUUUUCAAUCUUGUUCUUUGUCAUUAAUUGGUAUUAAGCGUUUGUAUUUGGAGCUAACUGAUAAAGAAGAAUCGAAACGUAUCAAAAUUUUUCAUAUCAUCAAUAAUUCAACAAUUAACUUUUCUCAUUCAGUUAAAUUUGAUGUUUUUGUACAAACUGAAAAUGGUCAAAAGUUGUCAUACGUGGAACUUACCGAGUUACGUGAUCGUGCAAGAUUAAUAGAGUAUUCUGGGAAUGAAAAAAAAGCAAUUAGAAUACAGCAACGAGAAUAUGAUGAAGAAACGGAGAAAAAAAUGUUAAAAUCUCUGAUAGUAUUGACGGAUGUUAUCGAAAAUGUAUUACAAAAUUUACGAGAGUUAGAUAUAAUGGGGUAUCCGUGUGUCGAGCAGUACACUAAAUCAGAUCAGACAUUCACAUGUAAUAAAGGUGACUUCUCAGCACUAGACAAAUUUCUUUUAUUCUUGCAAGAAAUACUAACAAUAUGGGAGCAAAAAUUAGUCAGUUCCUAUGAGCUAUAUCAUGACCUGACAUACCUUUGCGGGCAACAGAUAUGGCGAGUGGAGGAGGCCUUAAUCAACUACAGAACUUUGAAUAAACAGCAUCCAGGCUAUCAUCUACUACAAUACAUUGGGCUGGAGAAUCUAACAACAGAUAUUUCGACGAUAAAUUUGAAUCUGUCGGCCCAAGAACGUCUUGAAGUGCUUGGAAAAUUACUGAACAGUCAACGAAUACAUCCGCAGCCGCCAGAAGUGUUUGAAAAUGUAACGUCUAAUGACACUCGAUCCAAAAAACUUUUUGUAGUUGAAACUUCUGUUGAAGGACUAUAUCGCGGAAUUCUAUCCUUGAUGUGUAUUCAUGAAGCUGGUAAUAUAAACUUAAAUGCAAAUCGACUACUAUUCUGUACAGAACAAACUAACUGGAUGGAGAUACGUGCCUUUUUAUAUCGUUGCUUUUGUUCGCCGAAAACUUUACAUGAAUUAGUAGAACCAGAACAGCUGCCAUUUCCUAUUCAAGAUAAGUGCUGCCGAUUAAUUAAUGAGUUUGAUGAAAAUUAUCCACAUCACCAGUUCUUGCUCGGAAUUGUAACAACAGAUAUUCAAACUCAUCUGAUCAAUGGUCUGUUGCGUACUGAAAUCGCCAAAAUAGUACGUGACUCGGAGCUGUUGAACGAAGGUGCAUUAGCACAACUCAUCUCAACAAGAGUAAAAAAUUGUCAUUUGAUUUCUUCGAAAUUGACUGGUCUCGGUAAAUCUUUUCACGUCGCAAAAUAUGCAGAAAGAGAAAGUAGAGUGUUGCUGAAAUUUCCUAUCACUGGCGAUUUGAUUGCAGAAGAUAUUGCCCAACAACUCCUUCUACACAGCCAAACAUAUUUCAACAAACCAACGGUAGUACAUUUUCACAUUGGUACGGUCGAUAAUAUUCAUUUGUUAAAUUCAAUCUUAUUUUCUCUAUGCCUAUUUCGUAGCUGUUCCUUUUCACAAACAGUUGUGCAUGUUCCGCUGCAAACAGUGUUCUUUUUCGAAUUAGAAUCAUCAGCGUUUUGGAAUUUACAACAAUCUGUCUUCAUUUUUCGAUUCCUACCAGUCCACAAUUUGACGAAGGUUGAUUUUAAUGAGCUCCUGCAUACCCGCCCUGAUAUUCAAUUUGUAUCGAAGUAUCUUGAUGCAAUCGAAACACAAAUAAUUGAACAACAAGAUGUAGAUGUUAACAAGAGUAAAGUGAUGGAUUCUAGAAGAUGUAUUGAACUUUUGAAUAAAUAUUUCAUUCAACAAAAAGAUCAACAAUAUCUCACAUGGACUCAGUUGAACAUCUUUACAUUAAUAUUUUCUAGCUUAUUCGAUGGAUUUUCUAAAUGUGGCUACUUUCGUGUUGAUGCAUUAGAUAAUCCAAAAUUGCGCAUGGAUAUCAUACAAGCAUUUAUCGCCUCAUCUAAUCAGUUUACAUCGCUAUCUGUGAAAUCAGUACGUGAAAGACAAUCAAAUUCGGGCGAUAAUAUUUAUGAUCCUGGAAAAGUAUUAAGCGAGUCCAUAAUCCGCUGGGAUAAAACACAACCAUUCACAGUUGUAUUCACAUCCACCAGUGAUCCUUUAUUCGUUUAUAAAAGCCCAAGAGCUGUUCCUGAAUCACUUAUUCAAUACUUCAAUGCACUAUCGAAGAGAUCGGCAUGGUUCUCAAAUGCAACAAACGAUGUUUUUAAAGAUUUUACCAAACUAACGCAUACUGAAUUGUUCUAUAAGCUUGCAUCAUUGUCAACAAAGUACUGGAAUAAAGCAAUCUGCACAAAAUGUUUUCGACAAUUUCCGCACGAACAGCGUUUAUGUUCAGAAUGUAAAGACAGUCUAACUAAGCCAAAAACCUUUGACAGUAACGAUGUUCGAAAACUCCAAACAGAGAUCGCUAAUAUCCUUGAGCGAGAAUAUGUGAUCACACCGGAUAAUUAUAUCAAAAUGUUGCUGAUCUGGCUGCGUGUGAGCUCCCGUUUGCCGGUAUUAAUAAUGGGAGAAACAGGUUAG